GCGUAAAAAGUCUUCUCGAUUGUUGUUGUCGUCAUCGCCCGGCUUCGACCAGAAAUUAAUCAAUCAUCUCGAAUUCUCCGACCAAACAUUUGCCGAAUGAUAUAGAUAUAGCGGUACCUUGCAAUUGUUGAAGCUGUGUAAGCAGUAGGGAGCAGUGACCUCACUCGGAAUCUGCUGAAGAAUUUCCAUCUCUUUGAAAUCUCGUUGUCUCAGCAAGAGGGGUUCUGUUCUGUUCCGUUCCGGAGCUUUAAUGGCGGCCGUGGCAAUCUGCAGCAACCUUCCCGGCCUGACUCUUGCAAGACAGCUCAGGAAUUCGAGAAGUUUGGUCCUCAGGCGGCCCAAUAAACUGUUCCUGAGGCGCGCCUUCACCGCUAAAGUUAGAGCCUUGUCGACGGCUGUAGUUGAAACUAAGCAACCGGAACCUGCUGUGGAAGAGACUAACGUCAGCACCAGCAGGAACAUAUUAGCUUGUCCAAUAUGUUACGAGCAGUUAUCAAUCGACAGUGAUGGAGGAUUGACAGUGGAUUCUAUAUCUGGGUCGAGCUUGCUGUGCAAUACUUGUAAGAAGACUUAUUACGGCAGUGAGACACAUUUUGAGCUCACAGCUUCUAGUGGAGCUAAGGAAUAUGGGGAAGCCAAGGCCCCAUCAACUGAAUUUUUCAGGAUUCCGUUAAUAUCAUAUAUCUAUGAGAGGGGCUGGCGCCAGGGCUUUCUAUUUGGUGGUUUCCCCGGCCCUGAAAAAGAGUUUGAACUGAUCAAAAACUACCUCAAACCUGUACUUGGUGGAAAUAUCAUUGAUGCUAGUUGUGGGAGUGGCCUGUUUGCUCGACUCUUCGCAAAGAGUGGGUUGUUUUCUCUUGUCGUUGCUCUGGAUUACUCUGAGAACAUGUUAAAGGAGUGCUACGAGUUCAUUAAGCAGGAGGACAAUUUCCCGAAAGAGAAACUAACAUUAGUCAGAGCUGACAUCUCAAGGCUUCCAUUCCCUUCGAGCUCUAUUGAUGCUAUACAUGCUGGGGCUGCUAUACAUUGCUGGCCUUCACCAUCAGCAGCUGUUGCCGAGAUCAGUCGAGUCCUCCGGCCUGGAGGAGUUUUUGUUGGAACUACCUAUAUACUCGAUGGCCCUUUCUCUUUUGUUCCCCUGUUAAGCCCUGUGACACAGAACUUGACUCAAAUAUCGGGCAGCCACAUGUUUACAUCAGAAGGGCAACUCAAAGAUCUCUUCAGAGCAUGUGGGCUCGUCAAUUUCCAGUGCACAAGGCAGCGGAGGUUCAUAAUGUUCUCGGCCACAAAACCUUGCUAAGUAUUUAGUUCCAUUUGCUUCAACGCCAGAUUCCGCGCAGAGCUUGAUCUGAACUCUGAGUGGCAUGAUUGGUCAGUGCAUAUGAUGCUUGAGCUUGUUUAAUUGUUAUAGAAAGCAAGAUCCAAUCGCAAUGAAUAAAGUCUUAUAUUGACCUAUCACUGAUGGUUUUCCAGUCAGUUUCGCUUUGUUUUGAUGGAUUAACGUGUGUAAUCGUUCUUCUAGAUUCCAUUCUCCA